GUGUUCCAGGCUAUCCACACCUGAAUACUCCAUGCUAGGACGAACGAUGGCGGAAUGGGUUGGUUUCCUUAAGUCCGUCGUCCAGUCUACAAAUAAAAUAGAUAACCCGGGGGGGAGGGAGCCUUAAGGGCCUCUUGUCAUCGGGUUCUCUCAUCUUCCAAUUCCAAUACAAAACGUUCAUUUACUCGGUCUUCGCCCCCGUCCCUCCUUCUUGUAACCAAUAUCCCGUACGUCUAGUUCAAUUGACCCCUCCGUCCCGUCCAAAUGCCGCGCCAAUCGCCGACCCCCCUCGUGUUCGGCACCACGUCGGUGCACAGCAAAGGCUCCUUCAAGACUCCCGAAGCCAUUGCCUCGCUCUUCUCGGUCCUCCGCCAAUCGGGCAUCACCACCAUCGACACGGCCCAGCUGUACGGCGACAGCGAGGCCACCCUCGGCGGCGCGGGGGUCGCCGCCCAAGGGUUCACCCUCGACACCAAGGCCCCCGGCGGCUUCAUCCCGGGGUCGUUUGAGCCGACCAAGCUCGCGGCCGACGCCCACCGCAGCGUCAAACUUCUGGGGGUCGACAAGCUCGACGUCUUCUACCUGCACGGGCCCGACCCGGCGUACCCGCUCGAGCAGACCCUCUCGGUCGCCAACUCGCUGCACGCCGAGGGCCUGUUCGCGCGCCUCGGCAUGAGCAACUUCUCCGCCGCCGAGGUCGAGGCCGCGCACGACAUCUGCGCCGCGAAGGGCUGGGUGCGCCCAACCGUCUUCCAGGGCAACUACAGCGCCUUCGCGCGCCGCGCCGAGGCCGAGCUGCUGCCCACGCUGCGCCGCCUCGGCAUCGCCCUGUACGCCUACUCGCCCCUCGCCGGCGGCUUCCUGGCCCGCCGCAACGCCGACGAGCUGUUCGGCGAGGCCGGCGGCCGGUUCGCCCGCGCCGGCGGCAGGAGCCUGCCGCUGUACCAGGGCCUGUACAGCGAGAAGCCCAAGCUCGUGGCCGCGCUGCAGGCGUGGGCGCGCAUCGCAGACGAGUCCGGCUGCGAGUCCCCCGCCGAGCUGGGCUACCGGUGGAUCGCGUGGAACAGCGCCCUCGACCCGGAGCUGGGCGACAAGGUCACCAUUGGGGCCAGCCGGGUCGAGCAGGUGUCCCAGGUUGUGGGCUGGCUUGCCAAGGGGCCUAUGAGUGAGGAUGUUGUCAAGGCGAUUGACGCGCUGUGGGAGGAUAUCAAGGAUGAGUCGCCGUUGGACAACUGGCACAAGUGAGCUGUCCUUCCGAUAUAGUUGGGAAGGUUUGUUGAGGCGGGAACAAAGCUUUUUGUUUUUUGGUUAGGGGGCUUGAUGAUCACAUCAACAUGGAAAGACUUGACAGGCGCCCUUUAUUAGGUAUAUUCACCGGGAAUCCUCCUUCAGUAGAAAUCUUUCCUCAACUACUGCGAUAGGGAUAAGGGCCAGGGCCUAUUCACUAGCAUACCCGAAGCAAGUGAAGUGAAAGUGAUGGAAGACAGCGAUAAGGCAAUCUACCUAUCUAUAUAUACAUCUGUAUCUAGACGCGUCUUCCGACGUGCAACCAUGCCGGGAUUCUACCACCCUUCCUCUACAAAUUAUUCUCUACGCGUGAGGAGAUUUUAACG